AUGCUAAAGCCCUCUGCUGCACCAACUCUCUCUACGGCACCAAAAGCUCCUGCUCCGUCUCGAGAUGAUCAUGGAGCCGGGCACUACAAACCUGACCCCAGCAUCCAGAACGCGCGCAUCAAUGAGAAUGACUCUGCAUUCCUCUAUGACAGCAAGACCGGUGCCAGUGCUAAAGUCAGCGGCCUGGGCCGAUUGAGUAAGGCUGGUAGCAAGCUCGGCAACCUCGCGCGGAAACUCGGACGCCACAGCAGUCGAAAGCGAACUCGGAGCGGCGUGCUCUUCUCGCAGCAGAACCCUGGCGUCAUUGUCCGUCGCGAGGAUACGCGCGAGUGCCGAAGCAGGAAGGUGAAAGAGUCCCAUCCAUCCAUCUUCCACACCCCAAAGAUCUCUCAUAUCCGAGCAGGGUCGAUUGGUAACAAGCGCUUCUCGACCAAACCUCGGUACUUCCUCAUCGUCUGGCGCACCAAGAAGGAAGUCACCGAGAUUCCAUUGUACACAUUCAAUGACGAGGGCCUGACCGACGACGACUUCGAGAGGUUCUAG